ACUUACACCACAUAUACACUUACACCUUAUACGUUUUUACACCUUCGUUACUAUGUUACAGACCAUUUGUUUAUUUUUUAUUAAACAAAUACAUCUUUUAUUGCCUUCACUUUUAUUGUAAUUUCUCAUUGAUAACACGUAUUAAUAAAGCUCUUAAAAAGUUAUCGUUUGUGGACAAAUAUUACUACAUUCGCAAAAAUUUGGCGAAUCUAGACUCGCGUAAUCUCAGGUCGCGAGCAGCCGCAUCGAUCCAUCUGUUUACGGAGGUCGUCUGCUACGUCUGCAAGCUCGUCGUUUGACGUGCCGCUUUGACGUUUGACGAAUUAUUAUGCUGUGAGACAAGCGCGCUUUUAUGUGACUGUUGCGGGUAAACGGAUCCGCGAUGCCAGAAACCGAAGACAGCACGACAGAAUUAGGAGAAAUAGAAAAUGUCAGAGUGGUGGUUCGAGUUCGACCGUUAAGCAGCAAGGAGCUUGAUACCCAUGCAAAAAAUAUAAUAGACGUGGAUGCUCUGAAUGGCGAGAUUACCAUAGAGAAUACAAAUGCAGCACAAGGAGAACCUCCAAAAGUUUUUUCCUUUGAUGCUGUAUUCGACACAGAUUCAACCCAGGUGGACAUCUACAACGAGACUGCGAGACCUAUAGUUGACAAGGUACUACAGGGCUACAAUGGAACAAUUUUUGCUUACGGUCAGACUGGCACUGGCAAGACUUACACCAUGUCUGGUGCUAAGACCUCACCUCAGGCCAGAGGAAUCAUUCCGAAUACGUUUGCACACAUCUUUGGACACAUAGCUAAAGCUGAUGAAAAUCAGAAAUUCCUUGUACGUGCAACAUACUUAGAGAUUUACAAUGAAGAAGUCCGAGAUCUGCUUGGAAAGGAUCAAAAUACUCGAUUGGAAGUGAAGGAAAGGCCGGACAUCGGAGUAUUUGUAAAAGAUUUGAGCGGAUACGUGGUGAACAAUGCCGAUGAUUUGGAUCGUAUAAUGUCGCUCGGCAAUAAAAAUCGUGUUGUCGGAGCUACUGCCAUGAAUGUAUCUAGCUCCAGAUCCCACGCGAUAUUUACAAUUACAGUCGAAUCUAGUCAGAUUGGUGAAGAUGGAGAGCAGCAUGUAAAAAUGGGGAAACUUCAUUUGGUAGAUUUAGCUGGAUCAGAAAGACAAAGCAAGACAAAGGCGACAGGCCAGCGACUUCGCGAAGCUACUAAAAUUAACUUGUCACUAUCCACAUUGGGGAACGUAAUAUCCGCACUGGUUGACGGACAGAGUUCUCACGUGCCUUACAGAAAUUCCAAGCUAACCAGGUUGCUUCAGGAUUCAUUGGGUGGAAAUUCGAAAACAUUAAUGUGUGCAAACAUCAGUCCAGCAGAUAUAAACUACGAUGAAACUAUAAGCACUUUACGUUACGCGAAUCGCGCGAAGAAUAUCAAGAAUCGCGCGAGGAUCAACGAGGAUCCGAAGGACGCUUUGCUUCGUCAGUUCCAAGUCGAGAUCGAACAGUUGCGUAAGCAAUUGGAAGAAAACGGUACAGAGCUUUCAGAAUCCGAGGAAGAAUCCGAGAAUUCGGAAGAAUCGAAAGAAACGAAACGAGAUAAGAAGGCUCGACGGAGUCAAAUAUUAUCGAUGGAAGAUUUGAAAGACGGAGACACAGAUUCGACGGAGAAAAUUGAUAAAGCCGAGAGAGAUGAUAAAAGUCCAGUGGACAAAGAUGUUAUCGAGCUCAAAAAGACACAGAGCGAGAAGGAAGCGUUGCGACAGAAGAUGCAAAAUUUGCAGAACAAGAUACUAGUGGGCGGUGAAAAUUUGUUGGAGAAGGCAGAAGCUCAGGAGCAAUUGUUAGCGGCUGCGGCGAUUGAACUCGACCAACGAAAGAGUAGAGAAGAACAACUAAAGAAAGCCAUUAAGGCAAAAGAAGCGGAACGUAUCGACAUCGAGGAGAAGUAUUCGUCUCUGCAAGAGGAAGCGGCAGGGAAAACAAAAAAAUUAGCGCGUGUGUAUACAAUGUUGAUGUCUGUCAAGGCGGAACUAUCCGAUCUCCAACAGGAACACCAAAGAGAAAUGGAAGGUCUAUUAGAAGGUGUACGGGGAAUCGGUAGAGAGCUCCAAUUACAGAAUCUUAUCGUGAAUCAUUACAUUCCUGUUCAAUAUCAGACGAUGAUCAAGAGAUACGUUCACUGGAAUGAGGAUAUCGGAGAAUGGCAGUUAAAAUGUGUGGCAUACACAGGAAACAACAUGCGCAAAGCGCAAACCGUAUCGUCAGCAGGAAAUAAUAAAGACACAACACCGCCGGAUAUGUCGAACAUAUAUCUCUCUUACAACACCGGAAUAGACAAUACGUUCGUGCAACCCAAGAAAGUGCGGACUCGAUCUGGCGUCCCCCGACCAACUACAGCGCAUCGACGUACACCGCAUUGAAGAACUCGUGGAGACUCACAGAGGUUUAUUUUUGCUCACACUCUUUCUCUUUUUGUAGAUCAAUUUUUUAGAGACUUAUGUAUUUACGUUCGUUUGCGUAAUCACAUAAUAUAUUUCGAUAUUCGUAUCAGUAAUUAGGGAUAAUAUCCGUUUUAACAUUUUCAUCGCGAUGUCUUUUUUAGAAUUUUGAGAUUUUUUAAUAUGAGAAAGAUGCACGAUUAUUUAUCACGAAUACAUUAAUUGAGAAUAUAUUUAACAGAACGGUAAAAAGAUCAGCAGUAAUCUUAACGCAUUCCUUUCGAUUUUUUAAUAUUUUAACAUAAAAGGCACAAGUGUUUUAUCUAAAAGUAUUCAAAUAUUUUUUUAUUUGUAUUAGAAUAUAAUAUAGCAAGUACCCAAAGCACACAUAUGAAUCGUGUGUUUAAAUUAUUAGAAAUACAUUUUAUUUAUUGAUAAAAUAUGCAAGAGAGAUCAUGAUUGUGAAAAUCGAUACAAGUCCGUUAGAAAAAUGAAAACGAACUGUACCUGUGGAAAUGACGAGGAUUUGAGAGAAUUUGCUAAAAACAACGUAUAUGAAAUCACAAUAUAUUUACAUGAUAUUUAUGGAUUUUGUUUAAAAAAUCCGACAUUCUUAAGAAAAAAAAAUUUAUCUAUACUUAGAAAUUCGUAUAUCUCUUCGGUAGCUUUGUUCGCUUACAGUCUAUUACAUAAUUCCUUCAAAUAAACAUUGCAUCAAAAAUUAUACAAAGCGAUAAAGAGGUAAAUUAAGAAUAAUACAGCGCGCAUAUUUAUAAUUAAUGUCGAGUAUUAGUGUCAAAUAAUCUCGAUAGUGCUACGAGUUUUUAUUUGAUAAAGUAUAGUCAUUUUUACGUGAUUUAGUAAUAUUAGACCUGAAACGAGAGAUUUUUAGACAGCGCAAAUGUCUGAAAUGUAUCAUGAACGCGUCGGAAAGAGAUCAGACAUUUUUUUCAGAUUUUUUUGUCAGAUUUUCGCGUUGUUUGAGAACGUCAUAUAUCAUCUUGUAAUUCUUUUAGAAUUCCCGAUGAAUCAUGUGCAUUUAUUUAUUUACUGUGAUACCGAAAUAUACUUUCGCGUAUAUUUUCGAUUAAGUUUUUUUGUCGACGCUUCGUUCAGCGUUGUAAAUAAUCAGUCCACGGCAGCGUUGACUAUUUAUUGUUUAUGUCACGGCGUACGUGUCCUGUUUUUGUAUUUAUAAUUUCGGAAAUAAAGAAACAGAAUUUCAAACACAAA